AUGUACAUCGACGAGGAUAGCGAAGAAAGUUCGCCCUUUGUGAUGCUCACAUCGCCGUCCAAGUCUUGGCCUGCCAGCUACGGUAAAAAGAACGGCAUGUGGUACGCUUCGCCAGGAAAUCAGGGCUGGGGCUCCAAGCCCACCAGCCGAAAGCCUUCAAUAAUGGAAGCGGAUUUGGGCACAUUAUCGACCACAUCGGGCUCGAUAAAACGCAGCGCCGGACGGGUGAUACGCAUCAUCAAUAAUUUGGAUCAUUCGGUGCAGUGUCGCGUUUUGUUAAACCUACGCACUUCGCAACCGUUUGAGGAAGUGCUCGAGGAUUUGGGUCAAGUGCUAAAAAUUAAUGGCGCCAAGAAAAUGUACACGGGCACCGGCCAGGAGGUUCGAAGCUUUUCUCAAUUGCGAAACGAGUUUGCCGAUGUGGACACAUUCUACCUAGCAACUGGGACAGCCAUGAUCGCUGGCUCCCCAAUUCGUCGCUCUCGCUCCCGCCCCUCGGUGGUGGCCGCCGCUCCCAUACUGCCUACGGAGGAGCUGCCGAAGGUUCCCUUGCGCGGCACAAGGCCACGCAGCAAGAGCAGGCCACGAAUCCUGUAUGCGCCAGAAAGUGAGAUACUGAGACCAAACGGGGAGUACACCAUGCUGGACAUCAUGAAGGAGGAGCCCACUAAAGUCACCAUUCGUGGCCUGAGACGCACUUUCUAUCCCCCUGUCCACCAUGCACCGCCAGACAAUUCGCCGCCAGACAAAAAGUUGCAGCUCCAGUGGGUUCACGGCUAUCGAGGCAUCGAUGCCCGCCGCAACUUGUGGGUACUGCCAACGGGAGAGCUCCUCUACUACGUGGCAGCAGUGGCAGUUUUGUUUGAUCGCGACGAGGAUGCACAGCGUCAUUAUAUAGGACACACCGAAGACAUCAUGUGCAUGGAUGUCCAUCCGUCACGAGAGCUGGUGGCCUCGGGUCAAAAGGCAGGACGUGAUCGCAAGUCGCAGGCCCAUGUCCGCAUAUGGAGUACGGAAUCGCUGCAGACCCUCUACGUCUUUGGGAUGGGGGAGCUGGACACUGGCGUCACAGCUGUGGCCUUCUCCCAACUGAAUGGAGGCAGUUACAUCCUGGCCGUGGACAGUGGGCGCGAGAGCAUCUUGUCCGUCUGGCAGUGGCAGUGGGGUCACUUGCUCGGCAAAGUGGCUACUCUGCAGGAGGGAUUAUCUGGUGCCGCCUUCCAUCCGCUCGAUGAUAAUCUUAUCAUCACCCACGGACGAGGUCACUUGGCAUUCUGGCAUCGCCGCAAGGAUGGCUUCUUUGAGCGUACGGACAUCGUGAAGCAGCCAUCGCGUUCGCACAUUACGAGUGUCCAGUUCGAGCCCGACGGUGAUGUAAUAACCGCCGACUCGGAUGGAUUCAUCACCAUCUACUCCGUGGACUCGGAUGGCGCGUAUUUCGUCCGUACCGAGUUCGAGGCCCACAACAAAGGCAUCGGUUGCCUAAUAAUGUUGGGAGAGGGCACUCUCCUUUCCGGUGGCGAGAAGGAUCGCAAAAUAGCUGCCUGGGACUCUCUUCAGAACUAUAAGAAAAUAGCUGACACAAAGCUGCCUGAGGCUGCCGGCGGAGUGAGGACCAUCUACCCACAGCGACCUGGUCGCAAUGAUGGCAACAUCUACGUGGGCACGACGAGAAACAACAUAUUGGAGGGGUCAUUGCAGCGUCGCUUCACCCAGGUUGUCUUCGGCCAUGGGCGGCAGCUUUGGGGAUUGGCCGCCCAUCCGGAGGACGAGCUUUAUGCCACGGCUGGUCAUGAUAAGCACGUGGCACUCUGGCGCAAGAACAAACUCAUUUGGACCAUCCAAACGGGCUACGAGUGUGUGGCAUUGGCUUUCCAUCCGUUUGGCACAGCUUUAGCUGCGGGGAGCACGGAGGGACAUUUGUUGGUCAUCAACUGUGACAACGGGGCGGUGAUGUUGACUCUUCGUGUUUGUGGCUCACCCUUGAACUGCGUGUCUUACAAUCAGGUCGGCGACAUGAUUGCCAUGGGCUCGCAGAAUGGAAGCAUCUAUCUCUUCCGAGUCUCACGCGAUGGAUUCUCCUACAAGAAGGUGAAUAAGAUUCGCGGCUCCCAGCCCCUCACACAUUUGGAUUGGAGCAUGGACGGCAACUUUGUGCAGACAGUGACCAUUGACUUUGACCUGCUGUUCUGGGAUGCCAAGUCCUUGUCGCCGGAGCGAAGUCCCAUUGCCAUGAAGGACGUCAAGUGGCUGACCAAUAACUGCACUGUGGGCUUCUUGGUAGCCGGACAGUGGAGCAAUCGAUACUACAGCAGUGCUAACACCAUCAUCGCCACCUGCAGUCGAUCGGCUGCUCACGACAUGCUCGCAUCUGGAGACGCGGAGGGUUAUUUGCGACUAUACAGAUAUCCGUGCAUCUCACCGCGUGCCGAAUUCCACGAAUCGAAGGUCUACUCGGGCAUGUUGGCCUGCGUCCGCUUCCUGUGUGGAGAUCAUACGCUAAUCACAGUGGGAGGAACAGACGCUUCUCUCAUGGUGUGGGACAUUGUUGAGGAAUAGCUGAAAUGGCCACCGUGGCGCUCUGCUGCACAGCACGGGAGGCAUUCGGAUUAUCAGGACUACUGGAAUCGACGCAUCUCGCAGGUAUCGUCAACGGUCCUGGACAGCGACUCCGUCGAUUAUCAGCUGUGAUUGUCCUAGAUGCAUUCUCCAUGUGCAUUGUGCGGAUUCGCUUGCAUUUGAGCACGAUAUCAAUUGGCCAGCAUUCCAUUGGAUUAAUACUUAUUAUAUUAGAUAAUUGCACGAUUAACGAAACUUAACAAACUUGUACGAAUGAAAAAUUAUCCUUUUCCAGGCAAUCCAAUCAAAUUCACUCGCAAAAAAAGCAAAAGAAGAUAUACAUAUGAAUAUGUACAUCUGUAUAAAUUAUGUGUAUGCAAAUGCGUUGUUCCGUUGCCCCCACUCUCUUCCACAACUUGGCUUCCAUUCGAAACAAAUCUUCCGUUGAUGUUGCGUAUUGCGUUUUCCCUUUGUUUUAUUUUAAUAACUACUGACAGACUUUGAUGCCACUGGUGGAUACUGUAACUAUAACUAUACAUACAUGCAUUCACAGGAAUUAAGCUCCCAUACAGACCUACUUACAUACUAACAGAUACAUAGGUACAUUCUUACAUACGAUAUACUUACAUCAUUUUCAAAUGUGCUCUCAUCGUUGUACUCGUAACAUCUUUUUUAAAAAUCGCGGUCAUAGACAGUAACUCGGACAAACACACACGGCACAUGAAUAGCGAAAACUACAAGUGCACUUAAACAUAUAUUGAAUAUUACAUAUACAUAAUUAUAUUCAAUGUAUAUUGUUAAUGUAACUUUUAAUAUAAGCGUUGAA